AUGGGCCAGGACACUGAAAGUGCACUGCGGGGUAUCCAAAUCUUUCUAGAAGCUCAGAUCAUGCCCGCAGUAUCUGGAUACGGGCUGCGCCAUGCAGCUUAUUGGAUUGCCCUGCGACAAGAAAUCACCACCGCAUUUAGCAAACAACGAACCUUCCGACUCCCUUUGGGACCCUGUGAGCCAUAUCGAUCCUUUGAGCCCGCCGAUGACUACGUCUGGGCGGACAGGCUAGUGAUUCACUGUGCCGAUGUACUCCAGUAUUGUUAUGGGUCCGAGGAAGACCUGCCCAGGGACCGACAUCAGUCGAGCAUGGGAAUUCUGCACCAACCAGGAACCGACAUGCGCCUCGCACGCUACGAGGAGCUCGUCGCUUUUGAAAAUCUCUGGACUGAGCUAGGUCCGCCCAGUUUCAAACCCAUCUAUUCCCGAGAGCCUGAUCGCUCAUGCGGUGAGGUCUUCCCCGAGCUGUGGUACCUGAACAACUGCCAUGUUGCAGGCCUCCAGUUUCUCGAACUUGCACGGAUUUUGCUCACGGUAUACAAUCCCAAGCUGCCCCGUCUCGGUCCCGGUCAGCGCACAGUAAUGCGAUCGGUGGAUCAACAAGUGCGGUCGAUUGUUGUGCGGUUAUGUGGGAUUGCGCUCUCUAAUGAACAUAGUCCUCCUGGUCUGGUGACGGCCUCCGCUGCAAUUGGAAUGUGUGGAGAUCGGUUUACCGAGAAAUUGGAACAGGAGGCUUUGCUUGGUGUUUUGAUUCAGUUGGAGGACAAGCAUGCGUAUCCCACUUCGAGUGCCCAGGAAUCGUUGAAAGUAGCGUGGGGUUGGGAGGGGUACGAUGAGGAGUAA